AUGUAUCCUAUGCAUUGUCAGGAUGGGCCAUGGCCCUCGAUAGCUUCGGGUGAGCAACACGGCUACUCUAACACCCGCCAAGAGGUUGCUCCCCAGUCAAGCGCGCCUCCAGAGGCUGAUCGAGCCCAGAGGGAGCUCCAACAAGCUACUCAAGCAGCCCGCGCCGGAUCCGAAUCUGGCGCACAGCACGGAGACGAGCCCUUCAGCCUAGCAGUAUGGGCUGCGCAGGUCCAGCAAGAGGCACUGAUACCCGGCCCAUCAUAUCAGUCAGCUCUGAACAUCCAAGCAGUUGGCACGAAUGGCCAGACCGCAAUCCAUGCGUUUGGAAUCGAUGCGGCAGCCUACGAGCUUGUGGACCAAGGCAACUGCGACCUCACUGCAGUUGCUGCGAUGGCUCCACUUCAGACCAGCUCGAGCACAUGCCUCGGCGUCCCAGUUGAGGACUUGCCCUGGAUGACGUCUUCAAGCUUGACACCCUCUUCUGCGCCCCUCAUAUCGGCAGCUCGUUCGUGUGCAGAUGAUGCUUCGCCAUUCGACUCAGCGGCUCCGCUUACUGAAAGCUCGCCAGGGGCAAAACGCGACUUGGCUUGGGCUACCAGUACCCCGCUAUCAUGUCCUACCGUUCAACGUCGACAAAAUCAUGCUUGCGAUCCUUGUCGCAAGGGCAAGCGCGCCUGCGAUCGAGACGAUCCAGCCGGCAUCACUACAUGCUGGUCAUGCGAGCAGAGCAACGUGAUUUGCACGAACGAAUACAUCACCACCAGGCUCCGAAGCAAACAGCUGGAAAAGGAGCAGAGAAGCACUCAGAAGAUGAUCCGGCGUAGCUCAGCUGCUUCUCCAAUGGCAGGCGCCCGGUGCGGGACCUCACCGGACCGCGUGGAGUGUCUCGCUAUUCCAAUGCUCGAGGCGACCACUGACACCUGUUCGAGCCGCAAGCGCAGGCACUCUUUGGCCUUGAGCAGCAAAGCCGAGCUUGCCAUCAUUGACUCGAAUUUGAGAGGUAAUGUGGUAUCUCGUGAGUCUGCAGAGUACUUUGCUGCGAUGUUAAAGCUCUUCCUCUUUGACCUCGCCACCGGAACCAUAGACAGUUACGGCCGAUUUCUGAACGUCUUUGAGCUUCCAAUGUCCAAUUGGCUCAGUCCUGGGUGCAUUCCGGCGACCACAGGUCUCCAAGUCCUGAGAGCGGAUUCGUGUCCUCAGUUUGCCCAACUUUUGGGCGCCGCUAGCAACGUCAGUGCAGCAUACAAGGGCAUCACAUCGUCAACUGCUGCCUCGUCGUUGCAAGUCAGGACUCAGCCUGGACUACUCUUGGUUAUGACCAUGCUCGACAUCGUCUUCGGCGACUGCUUGUCUUCGAAGCCUCAGUCAGAUACUGAAUGCCCAGCAGCUGGACCUCACAACUUUGAAACUCUGAGAAAGACCGACCAAGUCGGAUAUGCUUUGGUCUUGAGCAUCAUUGCGUGUAUGGCUCAGUACCAAGAACCCAGCAAGCAGGGACAAUCAGUCAUCGAGAGGAGCAAGUAUGUCCAAGAUCGACGAGUCUUUGCCGAUAGCGCUUGGAUCAAAGCCAGAGACGCUUGCUUCCACGCCAUAUCUGCCCGUUCCUUCCGCCUAGCCUUGGCACUCAUUCUGCUGGGCGCCACUGAGCCACCCGACCGCGCAACACUCACAGAAGGCCGCCGGCCACCAGAAGAUCAAUUGUAUGCCCUACACGAAGGCUCAGAGAGACUUGUACUACUUCUACGAUGCGCGCGCUCCCAGCUCGAGGAUGAGCUUCCUGAGCCUCCCUUGAGCCCUUUGACCAGGACAUGCGGAGAAGAGUGUCGUCAACUUAUUUGCACAGCAGAAUGGUUCGAAGGCCUCUCCGGCCGAGUAGUGCGCACUCUUACGGAAAGCAGACAGUCUCGAAUUUACUCGAUGAGAGGGGUGAAGCCCACUUUCUGGAAAGAGAUGUUGAAGAUCCUACCCGAUAGGCACGCUUUACGCGCUCAAUUGGACGGGAAUUGCAACGUCCUGCUGGGCAGUGUCCUUGUGCUGCAAGAUCUUGAAAAGCUGCCGCGAAUAUCCUGCGCUGCACAGACUUGGAACGCCACCAUCAAACGAAGCUUGACUUCUGCAAGCAAGCUCAGCAGUGCCAUCAAGCUGCUCGGAAACGGCAAGGUCGGUCUUGCGGAGCUCGAGUGCUUGCUGGGAGAGGCGGCCGCACAUAAAGUUCUGCUCUGGACCAUGUUCUCCGAGCUCGUCAAGAUGCGUCGUGCUUUCCACAAGAUGUCGGACGGACAGGUGUUCGAGAUGGCAGCGAGCGUUUCUAGAGCGGUGCACAUGUGGAUGCAGCUUUACCAACCCUUGCAAGAUCAGGCGCUCAACAUGGCUGGCGAGCGCCGCUUGUCUACAGUGACGGAAACUCAUUUGUGCUACCUCGCGCAGCAUGCCAAUCAAGUCUUGCUCUACCUCUCCGACAUUGUAGAGGUUUUAUGCAGCAACAGACCUCGGUUGCUGGAGCGUCUGCUCUGCACCGAGCAUGAGACGCUUUUCACGGUGAACGGAAGAACGCGCCUCAAAGUCACUAGCGCUUGUGCCCUGGCAGCCGUCACGCGCCUCAAGAUUCGAGACGAGCCUAUGCGUGUGGCUGACGCUGAACGUUUGCGAACCACGCACAAGCUAUCGGUGGACAAUCAGAUGCUAUUCGAUGAAACAGCAAUCUCGUUGACGCACCAUCCCUUCCCUCCUCUGGUUGUGCAGGCCAUGGCAAUCGCCGCGCACACCUUGCUGAGCUUGAUGGAAGAUGCUAGCAUCCCUCCAAAGCACCAAAAGGCUGCAAAAGCGGACGUCUCGGUGUUCCUUCAAGGGCUGGGUAGCCUUGAAGAGACGCUCGUGCGAUUCCCUCAUCAAGUCAUCGGCAAAAAUUGCACCUUGACCAGGCUGCACGAGCGCUUCGCUGCCCUGUGCAUCACCGACGACCAAGACAUCGACGCGUCUCGCCGAGCCUGCGUACCAAUCGCGUAG